CGAAGGAAGCCGAGGAAAAUGUCUGCAAGUUUGCGUCUAUUCUGCAGCCUUGUGCUCAUACUCUUCACCAUCGGAUAUGGACAAGGAAACCAUGCCUUUGAGGUCCUCCGUACGGCAAACCAGGCGUAUAAUGGAGUCGACUUCUUCGCAAUCGAGGCAAAGUUGCCUGCUGACGGCCUGUCUGCCUCUUCAGACUGGUGCAGGGAUUACCUGAACCUGUGUGCUGGCUACGGACUGAGGCCGACGGGAUGUGGGGAGGGCGAUAUAGUUGAGGAUUUGACCAACAGCAAGAUCCGGUGCGUGACUGAGUACAGCUCCGACCCGUACACCAACAACGUGCUCAACUGUGGCCCGGCCUGGGCUGUAGCUGAGGUGGUGAACUUGGCUUUCUCAGCCGGGGCUACAGCGGACAGGAGUUUCGGCUUUAAAAACUGUCACACCAGCUACUGCCAACGUGGGAUACACGAGAGUCAUGACAGUCUGUUCAACACAGACGCAGCCUUUGGCUCGGACGGGAGCGGAGACAGGAUUGUGUACACCGUGUGCGCAGGGUCAGCAGCUACCCAAUGUCCAACGCUGACUGCGCCAGAUAACGGAGCGCUGAGCCCUGAAGGAGCGAACUCCUACAAUAACGUGGUGACGUUCACCUGUAACCAGUGGUACGAGCUGGAAGGAAACUCUAGUGUGAGAUGCCAGGCGAAUCGAACUUGGAGUGGUCCUGUUCCAACAUGCACAGGUAAGACAGUUGUGUAUAUGUCCAUGCACAACAUAUGCUAGGAUGAAAAUGUGAUUCAUCGACAUCUGUUUUUCCCAUCAGCUACCCAAUGUCCGAUACUGACUGCGCCAGAUAACGGAGCGCUGAGCCCUGAAGGAGCGAACUCCUACAAUGACGUGGUGACGUUCACCUGUAACCAGGGGUACGAGCUGGAAGGAAACUCUAGUGUGAGGUGCCAGGCGGACCGAACUUGGAGUGGUCCUGUUCCAACAUGCACACACCUCGGCGAAUGUGGGACAGAGAACGGCCGGUGUGACCAGAUCUGCACCAACGUCCCCGGGAGCUACAGCUGCUUCUGCCGACAGGGCUUCGUGCUGAUGGAAGACGCCCACGGCUGUCGAGUGUGCGGCCACUGCCUGGGCGGGGACGUGAACUGUGACCCAGUAUCGGGUGUCUGCUCGGCUGGCUGCCUGGAUGGAUGGAAAACACAGCUUUGUGAUAAAGCUGUGGAUCCACCAAUGGACCUGGCCGUAACUGACAUCAUGGACGAAGGGUUCAAGGUCACCUGGUCUCCAUCCCCUGACCCUGACCUUCAGGGGUACCGUGUGGUGGUCUCCAACCUGGACAUGACGACAGCUGUCAAUCAGAGCACUGACGAGGCGUGGUUUCCGGUGGUCGGCCUGUUCCCGGAGACUGCUUACAUCAUCAGGGUGACGGCCCUGUUCUCUUCAGGUGGUUGGAGGUCACAGAGCGAGGCGGCAGUGAUACCGGCACGCACAGCCGCCACACCAACCACAGUUCCUGCAAGUCGGAUGACCACCCGCCUUUCCACCAAACCUGCGACUUCGACCGUACAACAAGCACCUGAAGCUGGGUGGGACGAGGAAUCAUCUGAUGAUGGAACCAUAGAGACCAUCAGCAGUCCGCCGGGCGGCAACAGGGCAACGCCAGCUGAUCAGACUGCUCUUGGUAACAGUCUGGAGAGCAUCUAUGCAGAAUCCGUCAGCUCAAGCCCACAGGAUGUGCUCCAGAUUCUGUCUCAGGCUGCAGAUGUCUCUGGAGAUGAUGUUGUGUUGGAGCAACCAGCAUCAGCUGCUGAGGAAAAGGCGCAGGACAUGGCCAUGGGUGUUCUGAAGUCCAUCACCAGCAAACUGGACCAGCUGGACAUGUCUGACCCGUCGACUGUCCAGUCUGUGGGAGGAUCUCUGGUGGAGUCCGUUGGUUCUCUGCUUAAGGACCCAGAGAGAGAUGAAGAAGAGGCUGAUGUGAAGCUCACUUCUGAUCUUGAGGAGGACCAGAGUCUCUCUCCAAAGGAGCGCCUUCAAAAGAUGGAAGAAAAGAAGCAGGAGAACCAAGCUAAGAGACGAAGAUUUGUCCAGGAAGGCCGCCAGGUCCUGGACGGUCUGUUCAACGCCAUCAUCAGCGCCACGAGGCCAGGAGCCCCGGCGGUCACCAUCAAGAGAGGCGGCAUCACGCUGCGUGCCCAGAGGAUCUGGGGCAACCAGUUUGGAGGCCAGGUCGUGCAGACGGAGGAUGGGAGCUUCCAACUUCCGUCUAAAGCAGCGCUUUUCGCAGACUAUACACCACACAACGUCGCUAUGAAGUUGACACAGUUUCAACUGAACCCUUUUACCUGGGGGCUCGGGGAGUACCAACCACGUUCGUCUGUCAUGGAACUGUCACUCCAACAGAACAACUUCCCCGUGGCCUUCAACAACCUGACUGAAGACUUCAACAUCACCAUUCCGGCCAAAUCCGGAAACAAACCAGCGACAACAACCAUCGCCAUCCCUGCCCAAGGAAACGGAAGUUACAGCUACCAUUUGCUUAACCUCACCAACGCCGCAGAAGGCUUCCUGGUCACAAUCACCCCGCUGAACACCAGCGUGGUUUACCGUGUGUCGGGCAGGUACGGCGGCCGCCCUGGUGACCAAAACUACAACAUGUCCACAGAGACGUACGUCCUACCCGAGGAGUGUGCCUUGAUGAAAACUCUGAGUGGCGAGGAAGACACAGAGAAGACAGAGGCAAGAAUGUUCAUCUCGGGAGAGGAUGGUCCUGUGGAUUACAACAUCAAGGUCGAAAUACUUGGACCAGUGACUGAGUGUGGCAGUGAGAAAAGAACCGACGUGAAGAAGCCACACGCCGCUGACUUCUACGCCUACCAGAUGGAAUGGGCCCGUUUAGGCUGUGUCUUCUGGAGCGAGACGCAGGAAGCCUGGAGAACGGACGGCUGCUCGAUAAGCAAUCAGUCCACCAUUACCAGCACUAUCUGUCACUGCAACCAUCUGACAGCCUUCGGGAGUGACUUCGCCACACCGCCAAACACCAUCGUGUUCGAGGUGUUGAACUUCAGGGAUCUUGCAGACAACGGUGCCGUCGUGGUGACCAUCAUUGCGGAGCUCUGUCUCUUUUUGCUCACAUCAGUCGCGAUCAAGAUUGCUGAGCGUAGAGGAAAAGGGAAGUUAAGUGGAGCUGUAAGGUUGGACAACCUUCAGGACAACUUCCGGUACCGCCUCCUCAUCUGGACAGGUGCAUCUAAGCACGCUGGGACAGAGUCUACAGUUGCCUUCAAGCUGUUCGGAGAUGCAGCAAACUCUGAUGUGAGACUGGUCGACAUCACAGAGAAGAUUUUCACCCGAACCAGCCAGGUGACCCUGACCUUCAGCACAGCAGAACAGCUGGGUAAGGUGGAGCUGCUGCAGCUCAUGCACGACAACAGUGGGGAGGGGAGCCGCGCAUCGUGGCACGUGGACCGAGCAGCCGUGCAGGAUCUCACCACGGGCAAACUGUUCUAUUUCUUCUGCGACGAGUGGCUGGCAGCCGACAGCGGGGACGGGCAGGUCGUGAAGACCUUUCCUGUCGCCUCUGAGGAGGACCUGCGAUCCUUCGGGUUCCUGUUCCCGGCACGUCUGCGCCAUAACCUGGCAGAGGAACACCUAGUGCUGUCCGUCGCCUUUAGGCCUGAAGGUAGCACGUUCACCCGCAUCGAGAGGCUUGGCUGCUGCCUGAGUUUCUUCGCUGCGUCCAUGGUGUCCAGCGCCAUGUGGCUGAGGGAUGAGGUAGAAACCGAGAUCGUGCGGGUCUUCAGCCUGGGGCCAUUCUCCUUCACCUUGAACGGAGUCUACACGGGGUUCAUGGCCAGCAUCACCUGCCUUCCCGUGGUAACAGCCAUAGUGCUGCUGUUCCAGUACAGCCGGCCGAGCAGCAAGGGCGACCGCCGGGUCCGAGACGUGGAGACGGGCGGCCCACCUGAGGCACCCACCCAGAGGGGUCCAGCCAAGUGUCUGCCACACGGGUGCAGGUACGUGGCCUGGGUGCUGGCGAUGCUGUCUUUCCUGGGGUCAGCUGUCUUCACCACGCUGUUCAGCUUGCAGUGGGGCAGGGACAAGACCAACAAGUGGCUGUCUGCAUUCAUCAUCUCCUUUCUGGCAGACGUCUUCCCGAUAGAACCAGGGAAGAUAUUUCUUCUUGCCAUCUUCACUUCAUCCCUUCGCAAGACACAAGCCGUCAAGAAGAUUUUUGAAGAGAAAUGGAGUCCCGUUUUGAUGGAAGCCAAUACUGCGUCAGGCUUCAACUGCGAUGCAUUUCGCACAAGGAGGAAGAUGGAACAACUUUCGAUGACGUCCCUUAUCAACAUCAAACAAGCAAGGAAGAAGCAGCGCAGGGACAGGAGGAAUGGCGAAAUCCUUCGGGACAUCAUGGUGUCUUGCUUUUACGUGCUGCUUGUCCUCAGCAUCACCAACGAACACCACAGCACCACCCAUGCCUUCUAUCAGACACAGACCGCAACCAACACCUUUGUGCAGUCCUUGGACGAGGUAAAUGAUGCUGAUACCUUCUGGUCCUGGCUGAACGGGACCGCUCUGGAGAACUUCUACCCGGAGACUUCCUACAAUGACAACAAGCUUCGCUGGCAGGAGAAGGGCUUCACAGCAGACAUGCAGUCGGUCCUGGUCGCCCCGCAUAGCAUGAUCCAAGCCCGAGUAAAGCCAGGGCUGUGCACAGUGCUAGCAGCAGUGCAGCAGUCGUUUGAUGAAUGUUCAUCAGGGUACAAUGAACACGCCAAGGAGACCGGGGCGUUCCGAAAGGGUUGGGAAAGGGUCAUGAAUACGUCAGCGAUGGAGUCAGAAGCCCCUGGAUGGACCUACCUCCACAGUGGAUACACCAGUCUCCCCAUCUACGGUGUGACAACGCAGUACUGGGGAGACGGCUUCGGGCUGAACCUGGGAAAAUCUGAAGACGAGAUGCGCAGCAUCCUGGCAGAGCUGAAGGCCAACCGUUGGAUCGACAAGCGGACGAGGGCCAUCUUCUUGGAAGCGUUGCUCUACGACGGGAACCUGGAUCUGUUCACAUCGGUGACGAUGGUGUUUGAAUUCUCCGAGACGGCCGGACUUUUCACCCAUCAUCGCGUGCAGGCCUUCCGACUUCAUCAACGGCCGGGGACGAUCGGAUACCUCUACGUCCUGCUGGAAAUCACUUACGUCUUCGUUCUCCUCUACACACUGUGGAAAGAGACGAAAACUGCACGCGCAGCCGGCUUGGCCUACCUGAGGGAGCCAUGGAAGGUUGUAGAAAUCUUCAAUUUCUUCUUGGCAUUCACUGUCAUCGCCUUGUAUGGCUUCAAGAGAACAUACAGCUCCAUGGCUGUGGCAGCGAUCAAUGCUGGGAAAGAUGAAGUCCACCAUUUCCGAACUGCGGUGAACGUGAGCCUGGUUUACGGCUGGUUCCUGGCCUUCCUGACGUUUGUCAACAUGAUGAAGUUCCUCCGGCUGCUGAGGUUCAACCCAUUCCUCGCCAAGCUGAUGUCCAUGAUCCGCGGGAUGUCGGUGGAGUUCUCUUCCUUCGCCAUCUACCUCUUCCUCGCCAUGUCAGCAUUCGGCGUCUACGGUUAUCUCAAGUUUGGCCUUAUUGUGAAGGAGUACAGCACCAUCAGCAAGUCCUUCUCCACUCUGUUCCAAAUGACUCUUGGACACUUCUACUACUACGAGCUGCGGGAGGCAUCCCCCAUCUUCGGCCCCAUCUACUUCAUCACUUACAUUUGCAUAAUCUUCCUGGUGCUGAUGAACAUCGCCAUGGCGAUCAUCGACAGCCGCCUUUUCAAUGUGCGGAACCACAUCAUGUCUGAGGAGGACCAGUACUUCAUCCAGGGGUUGUGGGAACGCUUCACGGCCUUCUUCGGCUUUUGGAAGGUGCCAGUCGCAGAAAACAACUCCUUGGACACUCUUCAUGACAGCCUGGUCGAGGUGGAGAUUAAAGUGAAGAAACUGUGGCUGCAGAGGCAGUUCCUCUUCAACCUCGAGAUGAAAGACGCAGACCUACCCGCAGAGCCUGAGUUUGUUCCGACUGUCAAAGAUGUUCCCGAUGCUACAGCAGUGGAACUUCAUGUCCCCAAAGGAGGCUGCCGCAUCAUCGCGGUCCGUCCUGCAUCCCCAAACAGCUGCGCAGAUGACAGCAGUCAAGCGAUCUGCUCCGACAGCAAGGCGCCAGUGGUGGUGGCAUCCGGGUCUCAAUCAAAAGAGGACACCCAGCAAAGCCACCAAACAAGUGGGAAGAAGUCGACCAAGAGAGUCCAAAUUGAUCUGAACCUGAAUCGUGUUUUUCGCUAUAAGUAUUAUUACUAUAAGGAGUGUGAAGUGGGGAGGCCAAUUGUCAACUUGAGCGCUGGUGACAAGGCGGUUCUGACAAGCAACGAGAUGCUGACAGACGACCUGAUCCAGGCUGCCCAGAGGCUGCUCCACCACCAGUACCCGGCACUCCAAGGCCUGGAAGCCCCUACAGUUGGUCUCUGCGAGGACGGGUUUGCCAAGAUGACAGGAAAGGGGCUACAAAUCCACCACAACAGAAGAGAGCACUGGGUUCUGUCGUCUUACACAGACGGACAAGUGCGCCUGUAUGACAGCAUUGGCGGCGACAUGACCGCAUAUCUGCAGGUCCAGCUUUACCAGACCUACGCCGCGUUUGCCGACCAAGAGAGGAACGUCCUGACCAUCAUCCUACCAGAGGUACAGCGUCAGAAGAAUGUCUUUGAUUGUGGGCUGUUUGCCAUCGCCUGGGCAGUGGACAUCGCACAGGGGCAAGACGUGAGCAGCAUUGCGUAUGACGACAGGGAGAUGAGGAGCCAUUUGAAGAAGUGCUUCGAACAAGGGAGGCUCACACCAUUUCCUCAUCUGACCAGCCAGAGGAAGAAAGUCGGUUUCACCAGGGUCAGCAGAAUCUCGCUGGUUUGCCGCUGCAAGCAGGAGGAGGGUCUGGGAAGGAUUGAGGCGUGCAGGGCAUGCCAGAGGAUCUUUCACGUCAGCUGCCUGCCAGUCAACCCUCCCAGUGAUGGCAAAUGGAAAUGUGGAGACUGCGCCGUGUAAAGUACAAAAUGCACUGUAAAAACUGGUUAACAUCUGGAUAAACUGUUUGCCUCCUGGUGGAAGGAAAGAAAUGAUCAUGAUAGAAA